UCAGAAUGGCUAGCUACUAGUACUGUGGCAUGACAUUCGGUGCAAACCCGCGAGGAGAGAAAGCAAGCAAGGAUCGCAGUACAAUGCUGAGCGCUUGGCUAGAAGGUUCGUCUUGAGCGACGCUUGCCUCUUCUCUCUCCCCCUAUUGUUUUCAUGGCCACGACCUGUUUGGUAGUUUUGUUACUUGGCGGGCCGACAUGGAGACGGUUGGAAAGUUUAUGCUGCAAGACAUCGAACAAGAGAGGUAUGUUCUCGGUAAAGGCUCCUAUGGCAUGGUGUUCAGGGGCCGCUGGCGAGGAAUAAAGGUAGCCAUAAAGCGACUGCAUGCGUAUCUGACCAUCGAAAACGGACCUGAUGGUGCGCAGGGCUACACGACGAAGUUUGUGGAGGAAUGGGAGACGCUAAAGUCCAUUCAUCACUCGCACAUCGUCCAGUACUUCGGCGUAAUGGCGGCCACUGGGUCCAGCGAGAGCUCCACGCCAGGACUGGUGAUGGAAAUGAUGGCAACGACUCUGCGUGAGCGCUACAAGGCCACGCCAGCGCUCAGCGUGCUAGAGCAUCUGAAGAUAGCCAGCGGCGUGGCGGCCGGAUUGUGCUACUUGCAUAAUCCCUCCGUGAAUAUUGUCCAUCGCGACCUGACCACCAACAACAUCAUGCUUGCGUCUGCACACGACUGCCAUGCCAAGAUCACUGACAUUGGCGGAGCGAAAAAGCUACUGCAGGUCGACACAGCUGAGCUGAUGACCAAAUGCCCAGGCAGUACUCCUUACAUGGCACCAGAAACCCUAAAGAUGGUGGAGCUUCACAUUCUGGCGGGGGAGAGCAACAUCGGAAAGCGUGACGCUGGCAGCAUCGCCAUGUACGGCCUGCCCGUGGAUAUCUUCGCGUUCGCCAUCAGCAUGAUGUCGAUGGUGGUGAGGCGUGAACCGCUGCCGUUUGCGCAGGGCAUACGCAACCGAGAGGACGAGCUGGAGCGCAUCAAGGAUCACCCGCUCAACGACAUCGUCGUCAACUGCCUGAAAGAGAAUCCUGUUGAUCGCAACAGCGCUGAUCUCGUCUGUUCCAACGUACAGAAGCUGUUGACUAGCAAGCAAGAGCUGAACACAGCAGUGCAAGGCAGUGGUGAUAGGCACACAUCCACUGAACAGCAUGAGCCGGGCUCAGGCCAAUCCACUUCCAGUGUGGGUACACGGACCGGGAGUAGCCUGGGCAGCGACGAGAUUGAGCAGAUUCUGCAGCGCGCCCAUGCAGCCAACAGCAGAGUGCGCGCUCUGGAGAGCGAUAACGCCACACUGAUGUCAGAACGGGAUGGACUGCGCGAGACUCUGGCACACUGUACGUGCUCGGCCGGCAGCCAAGCUGUGGUGCCCAAGCCGGAGCUUGCCGUCGCAAACCAGAAGCUUUCGAAGGCCACUGGUAUUCUCUACGAGGGCAUGAUGAAUACAACGGCCUCCUUCUUCCUUAGUUCCAGGCAGCGUGAGAAGAUGAGAGCGUCCGCCGAAGCAGCUGUGGUUCUUGGUGGUGGUGGGAAACCUCCAAUGGGACAUCACCAGCCACAGUGGAGCAAGGUUGGAUGCCUUCCGCGGGUGAAGGUAAGCAGUCGCUCCAUACCGUUCCUGCACCAGGGCAGGAUUGUACUGAAACUGGCCUACGCCGACAGCAAACCAGCCCUGUUCGAGUCGCAUCCGGACGUGAUCACGGAGUCUAGCUGGGAAUGUCGCUCACUUCCACUGAAUGACGGAGUAAGCAGCUACUUCUUCUCCUACCGAGAUGAUCUUCUUUACCUGUGCACGGAUCCAUCGCAGCAAUGUCCGCCCGUCCUUUGGAAGCAAGCUGACGGUGCGUGGAAGAAGCUGGCGCUCUUCAACACGGCACGCGCUCACUAUGGUGCCGGGUUGGUCGGCACUCGCCUGGUGAUCGCCGGUGGAUGUACGGUGUUAAACAGCGGUGAAGAGUCCCCAGUGUUGACCGUGGAGACGUUCUGCCUGGAAUCAGACGAGCAGGGAGCUCUCCCGGACCUACCAAAGGUGUGCUAUCAUCCGGGAAUCGUCGGUUAUGACAACAAGGUGGCCAUCAUCGGUGGAGAUUGCUACCCACACGGCAACUCGCUGGAAAUCCUGACCACUCCUAUCGGCGACGCUGAUGCGGUCUGGUCAAACUCCGAGCUGCCAAAUCUGCCGUUCGGUCGGUGCGCCGCUUGCGUCGUCAACUCAUGUCUUGUCGUUGCCGGUGGCAACGCAGAUAUUGCCAAGGGAGACUGCAGUACAACCGUCACUGACGUGUAUGUUCUGGAGAAGUGCGCAGUACCCCCGGUGUGGAAGUGUCUGCCAUCGCUUACGACGCCCUCUCAGGACGGUACGUUGCUCGUGGAUGACAACAGCCUCGUCUACAUGUGCGGCUCGGCAAAGAAGAGCCGCAGCUGGGAGAUGGAGCGCGUGGUACAGCGGAUGGGCAUGAUGCUGUAGGUGAGAUGCUGGCGUGCAAGCAUUCGUUUACGCGUGGGUAUGCACUCAAAAUGCAUAAUUAUGACACCAUGACUUACCAGUAUACUUGAGCCCAUGCAUAUGUCUGACUGCACCUAUACUAUAUGUACUCUGUCGUGUCUUACAUAUCACCCUCACCACCGAACGUGCAGAUCAAAAGAAGCUUGAAUCAUUUGCUAGUUUGAGGGGCUUGAAAAGAGAGAAAAACUCGCCGAAGAGAACAUUAGUGGUUAUUUAGAACAAUUAAAAACCACUUUUGGCUAAUGAUGCUCUCCUUGCACUUCAUGCUAGCUUUUCACCACCUGGUUUUAGAUCUGCUUGCAAGCUGAGACAUUGCCACCUCUUCUUUGUUAUUUUAAAAAUGGAUGUUGAAUUGCCUUUGCUGAGAUUUUGCAGAUGGUGCUUUGUAUAUACAUUUGAUGUGGCGUGAUCAACCACAUUAGUUCCCGUUGUUAGCACUGAAAUGACUGAAAUGGCAUCCUUGUUAUGCUUUCAACUUAUUUUUGCAGCUUAUAUUGGUCGGUGUUAGUAUAGUGGGUCAUUAUUUCCCUGAUGAUUCCUUCCUGGGUGAAAUGUUUCGAAUAAUUGAAGAAAAAGAACUUGUGUAUGCAAAGA